CAACCAUGCUCGCGUGCCCUCGCUUUUCUAGUCUGCGCUCGGGGUUACAAUUAAUAUUGACACCCCUGUCUAUAGUUCGACCUCUGGUCCAAUCACGUGAGUGACCCACGGAUGGCGAUAACACUGAGGGUCCCCCAGGGAUUAGGGCUCGACGAUCCCUGACAUUCGAGAAGCUGAGACCCAAUAAACGGCGGCAUUUCGGCGAUCACGAGAUAAGGUCGAAAGGAACCAUUUUUGUAUUAAAGUACUUGAGAGUGUCGGUGCCGAGAUGGAGAAAACAUUCAAUACUGUUGUCGGUCAUUUUCCAUCAAGUGUGUCGUUUCGUUCUUUGUCCCUGGUCGAUCGAACACGAAAAUGGCCUCCGCCAAAAUUUCUCAUUUUCAACAAUCCGCCAAGGAAAAGGCGGCGGGUUUUCGUCACGCCUUUUCCAGCAAAGAGGCCUUUUUGAAGUAUGUUCAAAACCCAGAGUCUGUCAAUGAGACAGACCCUGAGCGGGCGCGAUGGACCAAUCGUGACCUGGAUCCGACGCCUCCGGAGCAGCGAAACUGGAACUGGUUCAAUUAUUGCACCUAUUAUUUCGGCCUUUCCUUUGGCAACUGGACGCUUGGAAGUUCCAUGAUUGGAAUUGGUUUGAACUGGUGGCAAUCAAUUGUUGUCAUUUUUAUCUCGCAAAUGAUUGCAUCCACAGCUAUGCUGUACAACUCUAAAGCCGCCUCGACUUAUCACAUUGGUUACCCUUGCGUUGCUCGUUCUGUAUAUGGAAUGUGGGGAAGCUAUUAUCCGGUUGGAGCACGUGCAGUCCUGGCCAUCAUUUGGUACGCUGUGCAGCUCUAUACCGGUGCGAGCUACCUCUCCAACAUGCUUCAGGCCAUUUUCGGUCAUCACUACACCGAUAUCCCUAACGGCAUGCCGGAAAGCAUGGGCUUCACGACUCAGCAAAUGCUGGGUUUUUUCCUCUUUUGGUUGAUCCAUAUUCCCUUUGUCUUCUUACGCCCAUACCAGCUGCGCGGUUUCUUCUCCUUCAAGUCUGCCAUUUCCUUUCCGGCUAUGCUCGGUCUGUUCAUUUACUGCAUGGCAACCACCAAGGGUAAGCUUGGAAGCUUGUAUGACGGUUCCGCUCCUUCCGGCGGCCAGUUUGGCUGGUUCUUCAUGUGGUGUAUCAAUAGCGGUAUGGGAAAUACUGCAACUUUGAUCACAAACCAACCUGACCUUGCUCGUUGGGCCAAGACCACCAAGUCGCCCACUUGGGCUCAGAUGAUUGUCAACCCCGUAUUCACCACCCUUUCUGCUACUCUCGGUAUCUUAGCCACUUCGGCCGUUAACAACAAAUGGGGUACCAGCAUUUGGAACCAAUGGGACCUGAUGACUGCGAUCAUGGAGCGCAACUGGCGACCCGAAGUUCGCUUUGCCGUCUUUUUAUGUGCUUGCUGCUGGAUGAUCUCUAUUCUCGCAACUAACAUCGCGGCAAACAUGAUUCCUUUUGGUGCCGAUUCGUCCAUGCUCUGGCCCAAGUACUUGACGAUUACCAGGGGUCAAGCCAUCGUGCACCUCUUGGGCUACGCAGUCUGCCCCUGGAAAAUCAUGUACUCCGCCUCGACCUUCGUGACUUUCCUUGCUGGCUAUGGUAUUUUCAUGGGUCCAGUUGUUGCAAUCAUGAUUUGCGAGUACUACCUUGUAUCUCGUGGCAACGUCUUCAUACCGUCUCUAUAUAUCGGCAACAAGAACAACGAGAACUAUUGGUACAAGGGAGGAUGGAACGUUCAGGCCUUCAUCGCCUACAUUGUCGCUAUUGCUCUCCCCUUCCCAGGAUUCGUCGGCACCCUUGGUCCAAAAGUUUCAACUGCGGCCGAAAACUUGGGACACCUUGGCUGGUGUCUCUCUUUCGUCAUCGCAUUCGUUAUUUAUUACCUCUUGAACCUUGUGUGGCCACACGAAAAUGUGAAGAACACGAAGGGCCUCCGCCGCGAGGAGCUGGCUGAUAUUGGUGUCGUAGAAGGAGUCGAGACUGGAACCCCUACUGAAGAGCUUUCUGUUUCCUUGUCUGAAAAGAAAUAGAACGAAUAAAGAGGAUACCCGCGGGCAAAAUAUUAGGUGUUAUUGGACCAUGCUCAAAGCUUUCUGCUUGUUUUUGUUGGACGCGUUUUCAUUGCCAGGAAAGUUCUUCAGCUUUAUUCAAUGCGACUCCUUACAUUUUGGGAUAUAAUGUCACUAUCCCAAAUGACAUGUCAUUCAUCGACUUUAAAAUUUUCUGAAUUCAUCAAGCAUAUUCAUGAAUGCUGUACUAUUUUAGGCUUCUUUUUUGGUUCGUGGUCGCAGAUGCGAGUUCUGAUUCGAGUCAGAUUGCAACUUGUAGAUAAAGAAUAUUUGCCGCAUAGUUGAGAAUCAUAUGUCGCAUC